CCGGCGCGCAGGUGCACGCUCGGGCUGCUGUGGGCGGGGGGCUCCCCGACGCCACCCUGGAGACCGACCUCGUCCUCAUGUACUGCCGGUGCGGCGCGCGGGAGCGCGCACGCAGGGUGCUCGACGGAAUGCGGGCGCCCUCCAUGCACGCGUACAACGUGCUCCUCGCCGCGUCGGGCCCCUGUGACGCGCUGCGGGUGUUCUCUCGCCUCCUCGCUGCGGGGCUCCGCCCCGACGGCUACUCCGUCCCUGCCGUGGUCCGCGUGUGCGCCCGGCUCCCGGACGCCGUGCUUGGCACCGCGCUCCAUGGCUUCGCCGUCCGGCUUGGCUUGUUGGGCAACGUUGUUGUGGCCGGCGCGCUUCUGCACAUGUAUGCCAUGGCUGGUCUCCUGGACGAUGCAGUGGGGGUGUUCGAUGGCAUGCCGGUGAAGGACACUGUCGUCUGGAACUGCAUGGUGGCUGGGUAUGCCAGGGCUGGGAGGGCAGUAGAAGCCUUUCAGAUUUUCAUCAGGGCGCAGGUUGAGGCAGUGAAUAUGGCCAAUGAUCUGCGAGCUGUGCCUAGCCUGUUGAAUAUUUGUGCCAAGGAAGGGGAGCUGAUGAAGGGUAGGGAAAUCCAUGGUAGGAUGGUGAGGUGCCUUGCCUUUGAUUCAGAUAUCGUGGUUGGUAAUGCAUUGAUUGACAUGUAUGCAAAGUGUGGGCGUGUCCAUGUAUCCCAAGAGGUUUUUUCACGAAUGCGCGAGAGGAAUGUGGUGAGCUGGUCUACAAUGAUACAUAGCUAUGGUAUUCAUGGCAGGGGGGAACAAGCCUUGAAGGCUUACAGAGAGAUGUUGUCUCGAGGAGUGAAGCCAAAUUCGAUCACAUUCACAUCAGUUCUGUCAAGCUGUAGCCACUCAGGCCUUGUGAGUAAGGGUCGGAAGAUCUUUGAGUCGAUUACUAAGGUUCAUGGUGUCUGCCCGGCAGCUGAGCACUAUGCAUGUAUGGUUGACCUGUUGGGGCGUGCUGGAGCCAUUGAAGAGGCUGUAGGGCUUAUAAGGAUGAUGCCAAUUGAACCUUGUGCUAGUGUGUGGGGAGCUUUGCUCUCUGCAUGUGCUAUGCAUAAUAAUGUCGAUGUUGGAGAGAUUGCAGCUUAUAGGCUAUUUGAGUUAGAAGAAGGCAAUGUUAGCAAUUAUGUUACCCUCUGUGGCAUUUAUGAUGCAGUUGGCCGGUCUGAUGGCGUUGCAGGGUUGAGAUCAAGGAUGAGAGAACUUGGCAUGGUGAAGACACCUGGGUGCAGUUGGGUCGAUGUGAAGGGAAGAGCUCAUGCUUUCUACCAAGGGAGCAUCCCACGUUAUUUGAUGACACAGAUGGUUUGGGUGUUAGAUCGGUUACUAGUGGAUAUGGCCAAUUCAGAUUCUGAAGAUGACCUUGCUGACUUGUACUAUGAGUAACUCUGCACUGAAGUUGUGAUUCUAAAGUCGUGUGUCUCUACAAUCAAUUUGGUUGAAGGAAAAGCAUAGAUAUUCCUCAAUUACUGCCACGCUAAGGAACAAAUCUUACUGAAGGCCAACAAAGAAUCCUCAGAAACUGGUCUAGAGGUCUUGAAUGCUGACAGUUUUCAGGGCCAGUAUCUGGAGCAACAUCCUGCAUCAGGAUGAGAGCAAGAGGCCAGCUCUUUGAGUCGAAAUGACUGGUAUAUACUCUGAAGUGACUGCCAUGGCAAUAAUACAUGUGUAAUAGUAUCGUCUGGUUAAUCAGCAUAUGGCACAAUGUAGUUCUUCUGAAAAUAUGUACUAUAUUGGAUGCAAGAGAGAUCCUGAAAAGUAAUUUUUAAGAGUCCUUUCAUAGUUUCAUCCAGCUGGAAGGGCUUGGACCUUGGAGUGCAGCAUCAUCUUUGUCGCCAUAACAAGUUCAGUACAGUUACCAAAAGAAGCUGUCCGUACUGUCACUCUCCAAUAUCACCAAUUGGUUGUUGCAUCUGGUGGUGUGAUUGGUAGCAAGCAAAUUUGUUUGUUUAUUGAGGUCCUUUUGCUUAGAUCCACUCUUUUAAGGUAAGGAAACUGUCAUAUGGAAGCUUCAUUUAUGAGAAUUUGUCUUUUAUCACAACACUAUUGAACAACUGAUUCAGUUUUUGCACAUAGCUAUCCCUCUUGUUGUCUGUAUGCCACUCUGUUACCUGGCACAAUACUAAUCAAAACAGGUACAUGAAAAUACAGGCUAUUCCUGUAUCUGUUUAAAGCUUCAUUACAUUCAUUACAACACUAAGUGUGACAAUAUGUAGUUCAUCUCUUUUGAUAUAGUCCUCUGUAUACAUAU